CGCUCGCACUCUUCGGCACAACCAAUAGUAGGCAUGCUAAUGGGUAACGUUAGAAGCCCACUAAUGGAGGAGGCGUCUUUCCGAACAGGAAGGACACUUUGGAUAUUAGUUCAUUCAUCACUGUGAGCGGCGAUAUUUCGUUACCCCAGGAGACAUGACAGGGGAGACGAACAGAGCGUUAAGGCUGUGUCUGCACCACAUGGCUCAGCUCCGAAGAAUCCCACACCCUGGCUCCUCGCUCCAACCAACCAGAUCCUUCAGUUCACUCAGGGAAGGUAAGCGCAGAGGACUGUUAUGGAAGACACUUGUUGGCAUCUCUGUCGGCGUACCUGUGGCAGUGGGUGUCCACUAUGCCGUGUCCGCACCAAGAGAGAGGAGGAAGAUCAGGAUUGUGACUGAAGGAUUUGGUCGCUUCUGCAGAUCUCUCUCUGUGGGAAUCUUUAUCUCUGUGGAUUACUGGUGGACCACCAAUGUGAGCGUUCGUGGCCUAGACGAGAACAGCCCAUUCUACUUGGCUGAGAUGUCAGCCUGCCACCAGAGGGCAGCAGAGUGCAUGGUGGAAGGAGCCAUAAGGAACGGCGGGAUAUACGUCAAACUCGGCCAAGGUCUGUGUUCCUUCAACCACCUCCUACCCCCCGAGUACAUCCGCACCCUGCAAAUACUGGAAGACAAGGCCUUGAACAGGAGGUACAAAGAGGUGGAUGCUCUCUUCCAAGAAGACUUCAACAAAACCCCAGAGCAGCUCUUUAAAACGUUCGACUAUGAACCCAUCGCUGCUGCUAGCUUGGCUCAGGUCCACAAGGCAGAACUGUUUGACGGGACCCCUGUCGCUGUGAAGGUGCAGUACAUUGACCUCAGGGAUCGGUUUGACGGUGAUAUCAGAACACUGGAGAUCUUGCUGGAUAUUGUGAAGUUCAUGCACCCCAGCUUUGGAUUCCGAUGGGUUCUUAAGGACUUGAAGGGUACAUUGGCUCAGGAGCUGGACUUUGAGAACGAGGCCAAGAAUUCUGAGAGGUGUGCGGAGGAGCUGAAACACUUCAGUUUUGUUGUCGUACCCAAAGUGUUCUGGGAGCAAACCAGCAAGAGAGUGCUGACAGCAGAGUUCUGCAAUGGUUGCAAAAUCAACAAUGUGGAAGAAAUUAAAAGACAAGGAUUAAGUUUUAAAGAUACUGCAGAUAAACUGAUCCGAACAUUUGCCGAGCAGAUAUUCUACACUGGUUUCAUCCACGCCGACCCUCAUCCUGGAAAUGUUCUAGUGAGACGAGGCCCCGAUAACAAGGCGGAGCUGGUGCUGUUGGACCACGGCUUGUACGAAUACCUCAGUCAGCGUGACAGAGUGGCCCUCUGUAAACUGUGGAGGUCCAUAGUCCUGAGAGACGAGGCAGCAAUGGAGAAGUACUCCAGUGCUCUUGGUGUCAAAGAGUACUUCCUCUUCUGCGAGAUGCUGCUGCAGCGACCCAUCAACAUGCGGGAGCUGGGUCUGUCCAACAUCCUGAGUCGAGAGGAGACGACCUACAUGCGUGAAAUGGCCAGCCAGCGCUUCGACAGCAUCAUGAAGGUGCUGAAGUCCAUGCCGCGACCCAUGCUGCUCGUCUUCCGGAACAUCAACACGGUCCGAAGCAUCAACAUCACUCUGGGAGCACCGGUGGACCGCUACUUCGUCAUGGCCAAGAGUGCGGUGCGAGGCUGGGGGAAGAUCCAGGCAGAGAGGACGGGGAUGCUGCCUCGGCUCUGGGUCUUCCGCUGGGUGAGGGCAACGUGGGAGAGCCUCAAGUUUGAGCUGGCUCUGAGAUGGGAGAUGGCGGUGGUGAACGCGGCGCGUUCCUUCCUGAGCCUUCUGUCGUACUUCGGUGUUAUAUCUCUGGACGCAGACAUGUACGAGUACCUGAGAUAGUGCACGAUGAAGGAACGGAGAACAGGGAGCUAUUCCGAACACAAGUUCAUGCAAUCCAACAGCAGGGAGCCCAUCACUACCACAGCAGCUCCAAAAGCUGCUAGUACCGCUGCUGCUCGAGCACGAGCACCAUUUCCACACCAAAUCAGCCUGAACUCUGCUGGCAACCCUUCAGGAUGGGGGGAGGAACUGCAGGACUGUAGCACCAACAGACUCCAGAGUAUACUACUACUGUAAUGAUUUUAAUUAAAUUAAUUAUUAUUAUUGUUAUAUAUUCUUUUAACUUGUUUUAGUGUAAUCUUAGUGCAGCAAGUUGCUUUGAAAUUCACAUUUUUAAACUGCAAGAUUUUAUUCUGACAGUAAUUUGUAGCAGCUGCAGCUUCCUGGCUGAGCAACACAUCAGAUAACUCUAUUCCAUGUCCAAUAACUGCACCGUUGCUACAUAACAAGCUACACACGACUAUGCCAAGCUGCAUCCAGGGACGGGACAAUAUACAAUAUUUUCGCUCACUGUGAUAAACUCUCAGAUAAGUAUAUUGUGGUGGAUUUUCAUUGUGAUGGAUUUCUCAACCAAAUGGAAGGUAAAGAUUCCUUUAGUGCCAUUUCCAGAUUUAAAAAAUGUAAUAAUAUCGCAAUGAUAUGAGUUGCAACUCUUUUGGUCAGGAUAAUUGGGACAUAAAAUGUUCAUAUGGAUCCGUGCGUAGCUGCAUCCCCACUGAAUGAGAGUGAAUGUUCUCUUUAAGGGUUGCACUGAAGCUUUAAUGACUGCAAUACAGAAGUAAACGUUACUCAGUCUGUCAGCUGUUCUGCUACAGGAGUAUCCUUCCAGUUUAAAGGAACAGUCCAGUGCCAUCUAACCAAACGUUUUAAAAUGAUUUUAACAAUGUUAAUAAAAUGUUCUACCUCCUUUUGUAAGGCAUUUCUGUCUUUAUC